AUGGCACCGGUUUCAUUGCCUCCUGGAUUUCGAUUUCAUCCAACGGAUGAAGAGCUCGUGGCUUAUUACCUCAAAAGAAAGAUCAAUGGCCGAAAAAUAGAUCUUGAAAUCAUACCAGAAGUUGAUCUCUACAAGUGUGAACCAUGGGACCUUCCAGGAAAAUCAUUAUUGCCGAGCAAAGACCUCCAAUGGUACUUCUUUAGCCCGCGAGACCGAAAGUACCCAAACGGGUCAAGGACAAAUCGGGCAACAAAAGCCGGAUACUGGAAGGCCACCGGCAAGGACAGAAAUGUAAAUUCGCAAAUGAGGGCUGUUGGCAUGAAGAAAACCCUAGUGUAUUACAGAGGAAGGGCGCCUCAUGGGUCUCGAACGGAUUGGGUCAUGCACGAGUACCGUUUAGACGAAAAAGAAUGUGAAACUCCCAUAGGCUUGCAGGACGCUUAUGCCCUUUGCCGCGUGUUCAAGAAAAGCUUGAACAUCCCGAAAAUCGGCAACCAUUAUAACAUUGCCUCGGCCAGUGACCGGUCCUCAAGCAUCGACCUACAUUGUGAUGGAAAGUACGAAAAUGACCCUAUGAACAUAAUCGGCUCCUCAUCGAAUGAUUUGACAUGGUCGCAAUACUUAUCAGACGACCCAUUUACUUUCACCAAUAAUCCGUACUCCAAUCCAUCACCCGUGAUACCUUAUCCACCCUCAAAGGUUGACAUAGCAUUAGAAUAUGCAAGGUUACAAAAUCGUUUAAUUACUCUGCCUCCAUUGGAAGUCAAUGACUAUUCGCAGGAUGAUUUUGCCGAUAAUCGGACAAUGGGGUCGAAUUCGAGUCUUUUCCAUGGGAAUAUUAUUACAAAUCAACAGCCAGAUAUUGUGCAAGAGAUUCUUUCAAUUGCUCAAGUUUCUAAUGAUAUUCAAAACGAUGAGGCUGGAAUUUAUGCACCGGUCGAUGAUUUUUCAGCUUUUCUUCAUGGUAGCCAGCUGGCACCACCUGAUAUGAGUUCAUCCCAAUACAUUGAAAUUGGUGAUGAAAGAGAUGAAAUUUUCCAGACUGUUGGGAGAAUGGAUGAGAAUUUGAGAUGGAUUGGAAUGUCUGAUGAGGAACUUGAAAAGGCAUUUUCAGAUGAUUUCAAGACAGUUCCAAUAGAGAAUUUCUCCAAUAUCCAGAGAGAAUACCAAGAUUUUGAAGGAGAAACAAGCAACAACCACAACUUCGAAGUGUACGAGAAGAUCGAAAUCAAUCGCGGGUUGCUUGUUUCGACCCGACAAGUGCCUAAUACAUUUUACCACAAAGUCGUGCCUUCUAAGACGGUCAAAGUCCACAUAAACCCCACAAUGGUGCAUCUGGGCUCGAUGGAUGUUUCUAAAAAUGGAAGCUUUUCGGCAAAUUUGGUGCCAUUUUCAAGAAAUAUGGUGAGGAGCAUGAGCUUGAAGAUUAUGAAGUUUGAUGAUAGUGUUGAAAGAGGGAGCUUAUGUGAGAACUCCUUCAUGGAGUCCAUAUACGACAAAUGUUCACUUUGA